AUGAACACAACAGCAACCUUCUCUUCAGAUCAUUCAUGGAGCAGACGGUGUUCUACAGAAACUGUGUUCAGCAUACAAGGGAAGGAAACCGAUAUUGCGCGCGAUACGAGCGAUACGGAAGCGGCGGAUAGCGAUGCGACCGACGCUAGUGAUGUGGAGUACGAGCCGGUGACGGAGCCCGAGGACGACGGCCCCGUCGACGACGAUGAUACUUCUGCCAACAGCGACAACGACAUAAUAGCGACAAAGGUGAUCGAGGUGUCGGUGGGCGACGAUGGCGAGCUUCAGUUCGCGGACUCGGAGCGCACGGACUCGCACGAGAGUGACAGCGACAUUGAUCUGUACGACUACUGGAACUGUGCGCAGUGUCGCGCCGAGAACAACAACCCUCUCUAUAGAUACUGCCAUAAAUGCUUCCAGGUUCGGAAAAACUUCUUCCCGCCGAGACCGAAACGCAAACGGAACAGGCUAACGGACACGGACAAAACUGAUGAGAUUCCGCGCACACUGUCACAGGACUCCGGAGUGGACUCGCCCAUGAGCCAGGAGGUGGACGUGCCCACCAGCCAGGAGGUGGACCCCAACUUCGGUGAGGGCACGUCUGGUAACGCUAAAUCCGACCUUAGCAUAGCUCGUAGGUACCGUAAGCGCCGCGCCGAGUCUGCCGACCGACGUACCAAACGCAAACGUUUAUCGCGAACUGAUUCUGACACAGAUCUUGAUUCGGACGACGAUAGCCAAAUAAAAAUCGACGUGCGACCACUCGUUAAAACUGUUAGCGAUCCCGCGAUCACCAUUGAUGAUAAACUUCCCGUAAAGAUCACUAAAAAAGUGAUAGCGAACACUUUGAUGGACAAAUUGGAGGAUCCUAAGAACUUGUGUAUGAUUUGUAUAUCGGAGCCCAAGUCCGGGGUGUUCGUGCACGGGCGGAUAGCGCACAUCUGUUGCUGUUAUAAGUGCGCCGUCAAGGUGUGGGCCAAGGCCAAGCGGUGCCCCGUCUGUAACUGUAAGGUCAGCAAUGUGCUGAAGGCGGUGGUCAUGUAG